GUAUGUAUCUUCUGAAUAUUUAUGUAAUUUAUAGUUUUCCCUUACCUCUGGAUUUUGAAUUUUACCCGUAUCCGAAUUUUACCCGUAAUUUUACACAACCUGGAAUACGACACUUAAUCGAGACCAUUUAGUCGCAGAAAACCUAAAAAUGAAACCUAAACAAUUAGUCACUCUCCUUCAUAAAUUGGACAGUUUUCGUGAUCCCAAGCUUGAUCUUGAGCAAUAUGCUACGCCACCAGAUAUUGCAGUAUCAUUAAUUCAGCACAUUAAUUACGACAUUGAGAACUUGAAUAAUUGUUUUGUAGCGGAUCUGGGCUGUGGGACAGGUACUCUGCUAGUUGGUAUGCUGCUUGCUGGAGCCAGAUUUGUUGUCGGUAUUGAUAUCGAUCAGGAUUCGUUAGAAAUAUGCCGAAGUAAUAUAACAACUUUUACAUCGUCUGAAAUGUGUUACGACUUAAUUCAAAUGAAUUUGAGGAUUGGGCAAAUUCCAGAAAAGCUUCAUGGCAUCUUUGAUUUGGUUAUAACAAAUCCACCUUUUGGCACCAAGAAAGGGACUGAAGGGGCAGAUGUUGAUUUCGUCAAUGCCGCAUUGUUGUUAGCAAAGCCUAGAGGAGGUCGUGUUUAUUCUCUACAUAAAUCAUCUACGCGCAAAUUUUUAGAAAAGAGAUUUUGUAGAGGUGGGUUAAUAAAGAUUCAUUUUAUAAAUUUCAAUAAAUACCUAAUAGUUUAAGCUGA